UUUUUAACUAAAGGCAGAAGUGAGAGUAGUUGAAAAAGCUGGUCAGCUGCUAAAGAGGAAUGAUUUGGUUGAGGAAUUCAACCUUGUGCAGACAUUCAUCUGGACUGCCGCAGCGCUGAAGAGAACAUAUGCAUGGACAUGGAGAACAUGGACGAGUACCUAUACGACUUCUACAACUACACAAAUUAUUCUGACUAUGUUAUUGAUGACGAGCCGGCCUUCAAGCACCAGUCGACCUGCUUCAGCGAAGUCCUGUGUGUCUUGCUGAUAGUAAACGUGAUAAUCUUUCUUCUGGGUUUCUUUGGGAAUGGCCUGGUGAUUUGGAUUGCUGGCUUUAGGAUGAGAAAGACAGUGAACACCACAUGGUACCUCAGCCUGGCCAUCUCUGAUUUCAUCUUCUGCACUUGCCUGCCCUUAAGCAUUGCCAACAUGGUCAUGGAUAACUGGAUUUUUGGCCUAUUUAUGUGCAAAGUGACAUCAUUUAUAAUGUUUGUUAAUAUGUUUGGCAGUAUCUUCUUACUAGUCAUCAUCAGUGCAGAUCGCUGUGUGUCUGUGAUGUUCCCUGUUUGGGCACAGAAUCACCGCUCAGUGAAAAAGGCUUCUGUUGUUGUUGGGGUGGCUUGGGUUUUGGCUAUAUCUCUUAGUGUCCCUUCGGCUAUAUACCGCCAAGUAGACACUCAUUUAGGUCGGACCAUUUGCUUCAACACGUACCCCCCUCAUGGUCACCAGAUAGUGGCCAUCACACGCUUUUUUGCUGGUUUUGUAGGGCCUUUGGUCAUCAUCAUAGCCUGUUAUUCUGUUAUUAUCUUCAGACUGAGACAUAACAAGAUGACCAAAUCGCCCAAACCAUUUAAAGUCAUGACAGCAUUAGUAGUUGCAUUCUUCUCCUGUUGGUUGCCCUAUCAUGUCUUUGUCCUCUUGGAGCUGAACCAUCAUAACCUAAACCACAAUGUGUUAGUGACUGGCCUCAAAGUAGGCACAGCAGUAGCAGCAGCCAACAGUUUUUUCAACCCAGUGCUGUAUGUGUUCAUGGGGAACGAUUUCAGGCAAACGUUCAGGAGUUCACUGCUGAGAAAGAUGGAGAAUGCGAUGGGCGAAGAUGGUCGCACCACCAGCAGAUACCUCUCUCGCUCUAGUUCCAUGGACACCCGGGCCUCCACACACAUCUAGGCAGAGCAGUGGUGGAUGAAAUACGCAGUUUUGUUUCUUAUGUAAAAGUACAGCUACAGGGACAAAAGAUUACUCAAGUAAAAGUAACACAAAUUUUCUGUUUAAAAAUGUACUUUAAGAGUGAAAGUAAAAGUAUUCUGUAUUUUAAGUAAUUCAACAGAUUUCUUAAUUUUUCUGUAUUGUGUAUUUGUUUUGCUCAAAGUUGCUCAAAGUUGGGACUAACUCAAUUUAAUGUGCUAAAAAAAAGUCUCAGCUUUUUCAGCAGGUCUCAAACCAUAAAGAAAAGCACUUUUUACUUUUCAGUCCAGAUCUAAACCUUAGUGCAACAGAAAGUACAGUUGCUUUCAAAUGUAGUGAAGUAAAAGUAAAAAGUAUCUUCUGUAAAAUGUACUCAAAUAAGAUACAAAUAAGUUUUUCUUAAGAAUUGUACUUUUACUUUUGUACUUCAUUACAAUCCACCACUGAGGCAGAGGGACACUGGACACACUGGAAAAAUUUUUUUCUUCUUCAUAUGUAUAACCAGAAAAAGAUAAAAUAAUAAUAAUGAUUCACAGCUAUGUGUUAAGGAUCUUUAUAGUCCAAAGAAGAAAUAAUGAUGAUCAAAAUAGUCAAUUAUUAUUUUAAUGCUAUUUUAAUAUAAUUUGAUUAGGCGUUGAUGUAGCAAUGUGUGCAAUUCAUUUUUAUCGUAUUAAUUUUUAUUUCAUUAAAUUUUUAUUUCAUUUCAUCACUCACUUCACUCUUUAUUUUUUUUUUCACUUCACAUAUGCAUUAUUUAAUCAAUUAAAAAAGUAGUUAUAAUUUUUGUGCAAUAUUAUUUUAUUUUUCUUUCCUUCUGUGAUGUACCUUUGUAGCAGCAUAUGUUGUAAUUUAGGUGUAAUAAAACUGACCCCUAAAGCAGGUUUAAAGGUCCAA